GUGAGCGAGCGCCGGGGUGCGCCCGCUGUUGGCGGUUGUCCUUGGGUGGAAGAAGCAGCCUGCACAGCCGGGAGGGGGAGUGAAUGGAUAUUGAAACGGCCUUUGGAUCCUGGAGGAAUGGUUGGCUAUGACCCUGAUUCCCAGUGCGCAUCCCUCUCAGCAGCAGAAAUAGCAGUAGCAGGAUCUGCAUCUGGGUUGGUCACUCGGGCACUGAUUAGCCCCUUUGAUGUUCUAAAGAUCCGUUUUCAGCUCCAGAUUGAGCAGCUGUCUUCCAGAAAUCCACAGGCUAAAUAUUAUGGUAUCUGGCAGGCUAUUUGCCAGAUUUUGGGGGAGGAAGGGCCAAAGGCUUUCUGGAAGGGCCACGUUCCAGCUCAACUCCUCUCGGUCAGCUUUGGAGCUGUUCAGUUCGUCACCUUUGAGCUUCUGACCAAGCUGGUGCAUGAUGGCACAUCGUACCACGCCCGUGACUUUGGUGUGCAUUUCGCAUGUGGUGGUUUGGCUGCUUGCGCUGCCACCAUCACGGUUCAGCCCCUUGACACACUGCGCACCCGCAUGGCUGCCCAAGGAGAGCCAAAGAUUUACAAGAACCUCCGCCAUGCUGUGGUCAACAUGUAUCAGAGAGAAGGGCUGCUGACCUUUUAUAGGGGUCUCAACCCUGCCAUCAUUGCGAUUAUCCCUUAUGCUGGCCUCCAGUUUUCAUUAUAUAACUCUCUGUCAAGACUGUAUGAAUGGAUUGUUCCAGGUGAAGGAUCAAAAGCAGGCAAUGUUAAAAACUUUGUGUGUGGCAGUUGUGCUGGAGUCAUCAGCAAAACCCUCACUUACCCAUUUGACCUGUUCAAGAAGAGACUGCAAGUGGGAGGCUUUGAGCAAGCCCGGGCAGCGUUUGGACAGGUGCAGACAUACAGCGGUUUAAUGGAUUGUGCCCGGCAGAUCGUGCGGGACGAGGGACCCAGUGGAUUCUUCAAGGGCCUUUCCCCAAGCCUGCUGAAGGCCGCAUUCUCAACAGGCUUCACCUUUUUCUGGUAUGAGCUCUUCUGCCAACUGAUGCAUACCCUGAAGGACGUGAAGAGCUCGAAGGAAGAGAAAGACUGACAGGAGCUCAACGGAGAGACCUGGCCCUCCACAACUGCUGUCCUUUCCACCUACAGCGUGGACUAAACUGCUUCCACAGAAGAGGCCUGACUUAAUUGUAGGGAAAAGUUUUUUUAAAAAAAAUCGGCUCUUGGAAACUGUCAAAACCCAUCUGAUUGGAUGAAGUUUACUCUGAGAACAAAGGGUGUUCUUGUCCUGCUUGCAAAGCUCUGACUGCUCUUUCUCCCUUUUGCAACUGGUGCUGUAAUGGUUGCUUUGACCUGCUGACCAUCUCUCUUUAACUCUCCAGUGACACAAUCCCUCCGCCCAUCAUCAAAGAGUGGGAGGAAGCCUCGGCAAGUGAUUUAGUUGCCAGCCGGUUUUCCCCAACAUUGCAAAUUAGCAGUGUUUACGGCAAGCCGGGGCAGCUUGGUUUCUUGCUUCUUGGCAUUCUUGAGUUUGCUAAGGGAGUAGCUACCUGUUGAACAGUUGGGAGACUUGGUACAGCCAAGGGAGUAUCUACCUGUUGGUACUUGGUAUGACCAAGGGAGUAUUUACCUGUUGAACAGUUGGGAGACUUGGUACGGCUUAGUACUGUAUCAUCUCCAGUUCUUAGUCUUGAUUUUGGUAACUUUAUGGGCCAUAAUGAUGUCACAAUAUUUCAUGAGCAGUCAAGAAGGCUGCUAAUCUUAUUUUUUAAAGGCAUCCUCCGUAAGGAAGAGAGAGCCACAGAAAAGAGAGGUGUAUGCGUGCAACCACUCCGUCUCAGUGGUACCUUCGGUGCUAGUGUUCUCUUUUCCCCCCACAUACACACUUCUCAUUGGCUAGCCAAACUGCAAAUGGCAGGAAACAUGAACCCACAACAGUUACACAUUUUUAAGGUAUUGGCUUUUAUUCUCCUAUUUGUAAUGUAUCCUGGAUGCUUAUGCACAUCUUUUCAUGUUGUGGCAAAGGUUUGCAUGCCACAGUGGAAAUCUCCAUUCUUGUGCCUUUCCUCCUUUUCUAUUUAUUUGCAAUAGUUGAUGUCAGUCUCUUGCAGCAGCAUCUCAAGCAGAGUUUCACCCUUCUAAGCCCACGGAAGGGCGGAAUGCUGCUUAGGAUAGCCCUCCUAGCUGUUACACAAGAAUGACGAAAACAAAUGCAGGUGCGCAAAUGUUAUUGUUCUGUGGGCGUUUUUAGCUUUUUUAGCUUUUUAAAAAAUUUUCUAAAACAAUCAUAUCCCCUUGGCAGUAUUUUUGAGUCAAAGAAACUUACUUCUUCAAACUGGUCAUGAGCUGAAAUCAGUUGAAACCCGCAUUUUGCAUCAAAGAGCUAAACUGGAUUCUUAUGUCCUGUUGAAUCAAGGAAAUCUGCCAGGAAACUAGCGUGAGUGAUGGAAAAUCUGCCUGGGGCACGUCAAUAUUGAAGGACUGGACUUGUUCUUUGGCGAGAGGGUCCCAGUUCCAUUUCACUGAUGGUUGUUCUGGUCUGCUGCUGCUGGUUUUUGAUUAAGAGUGAACAGCAGCAGAGCUUUCUUGACACACCAGACACAUCUAUGUGAAUUCAUAUGGCCUCCUUGGACGGCUAGAAGCACUGGUCCUGUUCCUCAUUUCAUUCUAUGGCAGGUGGCACUUUCUUCUAGUUUCGGCCACUGUCUGUAAUGACAUGAUGGCAUUACAGUUAUGUGCACUGCUAGAUCAUGUAAGAGUGGUUUGGGAAAGCAGGAGGUUUUCGCCUGUCUCACAAAAGAUGCGGCACAUGCUCAGCCACACAGCUGCCUUGAGGAAAAUAAAGGGAAUGUGCUCCCGUUCCCUUUUGCCACAGUACAAAUCCAGCUGUAAGCAAGAAUUCCAGAGAAUGGGUGGGUGGCGGGGGGAGAGAUCAAUAAAGAGGGAAGUUGAAAGCAAGAGUACUCAAUUACACUAUUGUAUGGAAGGUGUUCUUACACAUUGAGGUUUUUUCAGAGCUAGCAGGAUAGAUCUGAUUUCAGAGGCAAUUGGAUCACCCUUGAUCAGUACAGCUGGAGCCAUGUCACUUAGGAAUACAGAAAGUGGAAACAGGAAAGAUCAUUCUGGUCACCCUGUAUAAUCUACCUGAAAAACUAGGGCUCUUCCUUAUACACUUAAAGGUGUGGCUUUUAUUUAACUGUCACAUGCUUAAUGAGAUUCACAUUCUUCCAUUGAGUGUUGUUGGAAGAGAGUUGGCCUAUGGAGCCCUUGACUGACUGAGAACAAAAGCUGUUUGUACCUGUAAAAUGUGUACUUUGGACCGGCUCAUUUUUCCUCUUUCCCUCUCUUGCUCUCCAUGCAUUGUUUUCUGUUUUGCCUUCCAAGUUGACAAGAUGAUUCUGUUUCAUAACAGUCACUCAGGGCAGAAAUACAAAUUAGGUGCCAAUGAAGCAUUCCCAAAUUCAGGUUGAUUUGUAUUGAGUCGUGUUAGAAGGAGGAAAUUUGCAGGGGAAAUGGAGCUUGGAGGAAAGGUUAAGCACACACAUGCUUAUUCUAGUACAGGUUCUCCCCUGCAGCCUUCCCCGUUCAUGGUUACUUUGGCUAACCCAGUAUCCAUUUUUUUUCUGUAUGAAUGUGCUGCUCUCAGAACAGCUUCAGAAUGGCAUUAAAGAAACAAAGGCAGCCAAAAGUGCAAGCAGUUUUCCAUUCAUCUGGUGGCACUUCUUGUAAUAGAGGAACUUGGAAAAAAAGAGAUAUGGGUGGCACCAAACAAAAUGAAGGAAAAGCAAAAAAAAACCCCAAUGGUGCUUGAGGGAAAAUAUUCAUUAUACAGUGUUUCACAUGAGCUUCAUCAGGGAGAUGUAACUUAAAAGAUUGCAUGAAGUGUUCUCUUUCCCUUCCAAAAGUGCAAUGCCAGAAACGCAUAGGGGUAUAUUGACAAUAAUAUUUCUCCUCAAGCAUCAUUGCUUUUUGCUUUUCCUUUAACAGAGGACCUUGGACAGUUUUUGCUGUAGUCAGAAGUGUAAAAUUCAGUGUCGGGCCUUUCUCAAAUGCAAAAUCUGUCAUUAUGUCACAAGUUUGCACUUCCGACCACACGACCCUUCUUCAGUAAUCUUUGGUUUGGCAACAGCAACUAAGUGGGAGCAAAGGAGCUCCUAGUAACCCCUGGCCCACGUGAGGUCCGUUUGGCCUCCAUAUGGACCAGGGCCUUUUCGGCCUCGGCCCCUACCUGGUGGAGUGACCUCAUGGAGUUCCGCAGGGCCUGCAAAACUGUGCUGUUCUGCCAGGCAUUCCUUUGAGGCCUGGCUGUUUCCAUCUAUCCACUGUGGAUAUGUGCCACUCCACUGCAGGUGUGAAGUUUUGUGAUUGUCGCCAUUGGUCUGCCAUCUGAUCCAACCAUAGCAGUUGUUUCAGUUAGUGGUAUUUAUUAAAUAUUUAAUUUUUUAAAAAAAUUAGACUGUUUUAAUUAUAAUUGAAUUAAUUUAUCAUACAUUUUAGAUCGCUACUCGGCUUUCCAAUUUUACGGGUCUACGUACGGCAAGACACUUCUGUUGUAUUGUGGCUGAUCUGUAAAUUGCCCCGAGCCAGUCCUGGGAGAGGCGAUUAAGAAAUUCAAGAACUAAAUGAAUAAAUAUGAGGGCUGUACCACCAUGUUACCCUCUGCAGUUUAUGCUCCAUACCCCUUAGUCCUACAGAUUUAUUGCACUCUCAUGCCUUCCAUUUGUCAAGGUGUGCUUCUUUAAGCAAAGCCAAAGAUCCCAGCAGUCUUACUGGAUGCCUUGAUAUCAAUAACAGCCCCCCACCCACCCACCCACCCACCCACAAUGGAGUCUUUAGGCUCCUGCAAUGUUGAGAGCUCUGCUCUAAUUAUCUGUAAUAGAUCUAGUUGCUCUUAUUAUUUGAGCUGCCAGCUAAGACUACAUUUCCACAUGCUUAGCACAAGGAAUAAAUGUUUUGGCAUUUCUUACUGUAAGAUGGUUUUGUUUUUUAACUCCUCUAUUUUUCAACACUUAACCCAGCACAACAGUUGUCUGUUUGUUUUUUUCUUAUAAACUGAUUUUUUUUCUCAAGAGCAGAAUUCUUUUAAGGGUUUGGAGCAUUCUCCGGUUUUCAUCCUGUGUGGAACACAUGCUACUUUGAGAAGAAACUUAUUAAAUAUAUUAAACAUAAA